AGCCAUUUCAGCAUCCAAACACAUUUGGCCAACAACUAAAUAACCGGCAGUUGCGGCGACGGCGGCAUUCGUUGUGGUCGCACUUUUUCAUAUUUUUGCGUUUCAGUUUCAUUUAGAACGUGGAAUCGCAUGGUUCGAACAGAACGGAAAAAUCAACUUCGCAAACAAACAAGAAAAUUAAGAAAAAAUAUUAUUUGAACAAUUUUCCAAUUUUUCACAUCUUUCCGUCAAUCAAAAAGAAAAAAAAAAAAAAAGGAAAAGUUGUUUUUAAAAGUGUGUGGGCCAAAAGGAAAAUUUUUGCAUUUUGGCUAAAGACGAAAAACAAGAUUAAAAGAAAAUAUACGAUCACGUGAACUUUGUACAAGUGAGUUGAAGUUGCCGUUGAUCUGAAUAGAAACAAGUGAAUAAUUAAUAAAAAUUGUUGAAACGAAACUUCCCAAAAAUCUAUAUACAGUAACAAUAAACAUUUGGAAUAAUCAGAUAUUUGAAGAGAGAUUGUUUCGAAACCUCAAAUAUACAGAUCAAUAAAGCAGUGUGUUCUUCCCCGACGUGCACAGUAUAAACAAAAUAAAUCCAAUAAUUCAACAUAUUGGGUUGCAGGAAAACUUUCCGACGACUCUGAUUGCCUGGCAAUAAAGAACGUCAACAAAUAUCAAUGUCAGCAGCCACUUGUUCCCGCGUAACAACAAAAAUGGGUCCCAGCAACAAAUCGAAGACAACCUCUGGCACCGAGACCUCAUCGACAGUAAAACUGGGUCGUCUCUGUGGUGGUGCGACCAAUGGCUAUACCAACGGUCGCAGUACAAAUGCUGGCAGUGAAUCCUCAGAUCCCUUAGAAUCAGACUACAGUGAAGAGGCCGACGAGGAAGAGGAUACUAAACACAGCAGUCGCACAGAGAACACAUAUGAGGACAUUGAUAAUAACGAUGAGGAGGAUGAUGAUGACGAUGAAGAGGACGACGACGACGAGGAGGAGGAAGAAGAUGAUGAGGAUGAUGAUGGCAAUGAAACGGACGAUGAAGAGGAUGAUAGCACAGAAGAUAAUAGCAGUGUAGAAACAGCCAAAGGUGUUAGAAAAUAUAGUUUGGAUGAUUAUCAAAUUAUAAAAACUGUCGGUACCGGAACAUUUGGUCGAGUAUGUCUGUGUCGUGAUCGAAUAUCUGGAAAGUACUGUGCCAUGAAACUGUUGGCCAUGGCCGAUGUUAUACGCUUGAAACAAAUUGAACAUGUGAAAAAUGAGCGCAACAUAUUGCGCGAAAUUAGACAUCCUUUUGUUAUAAGUUUAGAAUGGUCCACCAAAGAUGAUUGCUGUUUGUAUAUGAUUUUUGAGUACGUCUGUGGUGGUGAAUUAUUCACAUAUUUAAGAAAUGCCGGUAGAUUUAAUAGAUCCACGUCCAACUUUUAUGCAGCCGAAAUUGUAUUGGCCUUAGAGUAUUUACACUCAUUGCAAAUUGUGUAUAGAGAUUUAAAACCAGAAAAUUUACUCAUAAAUCGUGAUGGCCAUUUGAAGAUCACAGAUUUUGGCUUUGCCAAGAAAUUAAGAGAUCGAACCUGGACACUGUGCGGCACACCAGAAUAUUUGGCACCUGAAAUAAUACAAUCCAAGGGACACAAUAAGGCUGUCGAUUGGUGGGCUCUGGGCAUUCUGAUUUAUGAGAUGCUGGUUGGCUAUCCGCCAUUCUAUGAUGAAAAUCCAUUUGGUAUCUAUGAAAAGAUUUUGGGCGGCAAAAUCGAAUGGCCACGUCACAUAGAUCCCUCAGCGAAAGACUUGGUUAAGAAGCUGUUAACAAAUGAUCGAACAAAACGCUUGGGCAACAUGAAGAAAAAAGAUAAAACUGCGACGACAGUUGAUUCUGGAUUGAAGGGGCCCAAAAAUGGGGCCGAUGACGUUAAAAGGCAUCGAUGGUUUAAAGAAUUGAAUUGGGAUGACGUCUACAACAAAAAGCUUAAGCCUCCAAUCAUACCAGAGGUGCAAUUCGACGGAGAUACAAGCAAUUUUGAUGAUUAUCCCGAAGGUGAUUGGAAACCCGCCCAGGCAGUAGACCAAAGUGAUUACCAGUUAUUUAAAGAUUUUUAAUUUUUAAAUAAUUAGUCUAAAUAGAGAUCGCAUUAAUUAAAUAAUUUAUUACUAUUAUUAUUACCAUUAUGAUUAUUAUUUAUUAAUUUAGCCAUAUAAGAUUGUAUGUAUGACAAAACAUGCCCAUAACAAAGAAAUAUAACAAUGCCCAAUGUUAAAAUUUGAAAAAAAAAAAAAACAAAAAUAA